AUGGGCCGAUCGUCACUCCUUAGUCCGGAUGGCCAGUUUCCCAUCGUCCUGAUUCCGGACAAUGAAGGGACCGAGGACGCAGGGACAGCCACCAACUCGGACGCAGAACCAACCGAGUCGUACAGGCACAGAAAAAAAAUAAACUACGGGAACGAACGACAGCAGCGCCAGCAGCCGCAGCCACAAGCGCAACCGCGACCACCACCAGCGCCCCGUCAUCCCAUUCCGUUCAUGCAAGAAGCCUUUGCAGAAUCCCUAUUCGAAGCCACCCAGGGCGGUGCGACCCCAAAACCCAAACUGCGUACCGGCGACGCCAAAACCCGUCGGGAGCAGUUGUUGGAGCAAGACAAGUCGGCCGAGCCCCCAGCGGCCCAAUGGCGCUAUCGUCCGGGGCAACAAACGCACGAGCUGCGUCGACUAAUGUCACAAAUCUCCUUCGGCGUUUAUCUUUUGCUCAACGGGAUGGCGAACAGUCAGAUGUCGGUCGUGACAAUUCUCCAAGGGCAUAUUGACGAGGUGGAUGAGUUUCUGGAGACGGUCCUAGAGGAUAUUGGCCUGGCAACCAAAGAUUUGAACGAGCGCAUCAUUCAUCUAAGGUUGCCGAUGGAUAACAUGGAGCUUUUCGAACGGAUGCUGGAGGAUCGCAACUUUCGGCUUAGAAUGAUCGAAGGAAACGAGAAAAUCGAGCAUAUCGUGGCCCGGACACAGGUCGCCCUUCAGCAAAUCAUGAAUGAUAUUGCCGAAGGACUGGAGUCUACGAGGGAUUUUACUAUGUAUCUGGCGGAACAGCAGCACGGUCGCUGGCGGAAAGAGCGCCCAGACGUAAUCGACAUAUUUGAUGCAAUGAAGGGAAAUACCGAUGGGUGGUUUCAAGCGUUUAUGGACUUGGAAGAGAAGGGCAAUGCUCUAAAUAGAGUAAUUGUCCAGUUGAUUGGCAUCAUUUCCGAGAUGGAGCGGAGGGCGGGUGAAGUGAGCCGAAAGACACGACCCCCAUGCAUCCGACGCAUCCUCGGUUACAACACCCCCGACGUCUCCCAUCGCCAAAACUCCAAAUACACCCCCUCGCUUAUCGUUGCGGCUCAGUUCGAUCGUGGAGGGCAAGCAGUCGUCGCCAACCUCAUACUUCGAUCUAAAAAUUACUCGUACAUCUACGCAUUCAACUCUCCGCCCCCGCCAGCCCGAAACCCUCACCGGCUCUCUAAGCCCGCUCCUUCUCAAUCUGCGCUAUAUCAGCUUGAGACAGCUGAGAACAAGGAAGAAACCAACGAGGAGGAGAAGGAGGAUGAGGAGGAGGAAGAAGAAGGAGAUGGAGAAGAAGAAAAGGAUGAAGAAGAAGAAGAUGAUGAUAAUGAAGAAGAAGUAGAAGACGAAGAAGAACAAGAAGAAGAAGAACCGGUCUACCUCCUUCAGCCCAAAACGUAUACACCACAAACAUCACCUCUUCCCUCUCCUCGCGUGUUCGACCGCCCGAAGCCGAAGGAUGAACCGGUCAGCUACAAGCCGGAAUUACCGGUGCCCAUUAUUGGAAAGCCGAAGGAACAGACAUUGGAGGCGAAGGCGUAUUGUCAGGAACCGACAUUGGAGGCAAAAGUGUAUACUCAGAAACCGACAGUGGAGGCAAAGGUCUAUACUCAGAAACCGACAUUGGAGGCAAAGGUGUAUAGUCGGGAACCGACCUUGGAGGCAAAAGUGUAUACUCAGGAACCGACAUUGGAGGCAAAGGUCUAUACUCAGAAACCGACAUUGGAGGCAAAGGUGUAUAGUCGGGAACCGACAUUGGAGGCAAAAGUGUAUACUCAGGAACCGACAUUGGAGGCAAAGGUGUAUAAUCCACGUGCAGCACAACCCCAGCCUAGGCCACAACCUUCGAAGCCAACGUUAGCUCAGGCUGAUACGAGAGAUUCAAGACCAGCUUCAAAGCAAAGCCACAGGACGAUACCAGAGUCACACCAGUUGAGACCGCAACCUUCGAGGCCCAAAUUGGCUCCAGUCGAGACAAGAGACUCCAGACCGACAUCAAAGCAAAGCCACAGAACUUCGCCGGAAUCAUUGCCAGAGGUUGUAGUCCAUCCUGGGCAAGAAUCCUCAUUCAGACGACGAGUUUCACAGAAGACGACACCGCCGGACUCGAUACAUAUACCUCGACCCGACUCACCAGAGUAUCGAGACUCGUUAUUCCCAACGUCCAGAACGUACCAGACAUCAGAUUCUGCUUAUGGAUCGGACAUGGAGCGACCACAUGUCAACUCAAUUGCAUCAUUCGAUACAGUUGCCGACUUCCCGCCGCCGCCAGCAAUCAUGCACCCCGGAUUUGUCUCUUCACCUCACUCAGAGAGCGGAAUGCAGUUUUGGCGCCCUGUCCAGGCGAGCCCGCACUCUCCUUUGCAACAAAGACCGCACACUUCAGGAACCCAGUAUAGUGCGCAGGGGCAACAAUCGACCUCAUAUCAGUCGCCAUACCAGUCCCCACAACAACCACUCGGUCACCUUCACCAGGUGCCGCCACGGAACCUCCCUUCUGCUAUGGGCAUGAGCGUGAGGAGCAACAUGACGACAGGAACGACAGCGAACCAGGAGACAAACAGUGGAAAAUCACUGAAGAAAAAGCGAAGCGCGUUUGGGUGGCUGAAGAAGGCGUUCGCGCUGGACGAAGAGGAGCGUGCCGCUUUUGAGGCGAGAAGACAGAUGGAGACGAGGAAUCUCUACUAUGAUGGUAGAAGUGCCCAGUUCUUGGACGGGAAACGGAUACAGGCUCCACUGCCUCGUCACCCUGGACCAUACCAGCAUGGGCCGUAUCAGUCUCAACAGUUUCAACAGUCUGGGCAGUUUCCUCCCGGACAGUUCUGAGAUCUUGAGGGGAAAACGAAGGAAAGAAAGGAAAAGAAAGGAAAAGACGGAAAAUGGCAGGCAUGAGGCUGGCCAUCCGGGGCUAAGGAACCCAAGUCCAUAUGUGAGGAAAGCAACUUUGGUUACUUGUAAAGGUUGCUGGAUUACUGUGACCUCAUUGAGCGGCAAACAUGACGGGCAUCUUCAUACUUGUUGAAGUUGAAGGAAAAGGGGAAAGAUACCAAUUGCAUGGCGCGGCGUGUUAGGCGAUUCUUGCAUUUACUUUUUGCGCUUGUAUAAACUUGUGUUCUAC